AUGGCCGCAGCAGAAUCCAACCAGUUCCCGUUCGGGGAGGGCGCCGCCGUUCCCGCGUACCGCGCCCCGCACGCCGGCGGGGCGUUCCUCCCGCCGCCCAGCCCCGCCGCGGCCCUGCUCCCCGCCGCCCCCUCGGGGCCCGGGCCCGAGAGCGGCGUCCAGGCGCCCUUCGCCGCCUUCCUCGGGAGAAGCCCGGGUCCCGCCAGUCUCGGCCCGCCCGCGCCCCCCAAAGGAGCGGCCGCGCCGUCGGCGUCGCAGCGUCGGAAGCGCACGUCGUUCAGCCCCGAGCAGCUGCAGCUGUUGGAACUCGUCUUCCGCCGGACAAUGUACCCCGACAUCCACCUGCGCGAGCGCCUGGCCGCGCUGACCCUGCUCCCCGAGUCCAGGAUCCAGGUGUGGUUCCAGAAUAGACGCGCCAAGUCAAGGCGCCAGAGCGGGAAAUCCAGCCAGCCUUCGCCCAGGCCAGAGCUCUUCCUCCCCCAGCCUGCCCAUCGAACAGAUGUGAAAUGUUUGAAGCCCCAGCUGCCUCUGGAGGUAGAUGUGAACUGCCUGCCUGACGCCAACAGGGUUGGAGGGAGUAUCUCUGACCUUGGCUCCCAAAAUCAGAACUUUGAAACCUAUUCUCCUCUCUCUGAAGACAUGGGUUCGAAGCUGGACUCCUGGGAAGAACACAUCUUUUCUGCCUUUGGGAACUCUUGA